AUGGAACCGUUUUCAUCGGACAUAUUGUGGCUGGUGAUCUUGGGUUUCGUGAUAGCGUUCAUUCUGGCAUUUGGCAUCGGUGCGAAUGAUGUAGCAAACUCGUUCGGUACUAGCGUCGGGUCUGGUGUGCUGACAAUACGCCAGGCCUGUUGGUUGGCUACCGUAUGCGAAGUGUCUGGUGCUGUAUUGAUAGGCUAUAAGGUGUCCGAUACGAUGCGGAAAGGUAUCCUGGAAGUUACGAUGUACAAGGGUGAUGAAAUCGAACUAAUGCUCGGCUGCCUAUCGUCUUUGGCAAGCUCAGCGUUGUGGCUGCUGGUAGCAACGUUCCUAAAAAUGCCCAUCUCCGGCACGCACAGCAUCGUUGGAUCGACGAUCGGAUUCAGCCUGGUGGCACGUGGUACCCAAGGGCUCAAAUGGAACACCCUGCUUACGAUUAUCGGUUCCUGGUUCAUCUCGCCCGUACUGAGCGGUUUAGUGAGUGUGGCGCUGUUCUGGUUGAUCCGCAAAUUCAUCCUGAACGCGAAGAACCCCCUGGAAGCUGGACUGUUCACGUUGCCACUUUUCUAUGGUGCGACCUUGGCUGUGAAUGUUUUUAGUAUCGUGCACGAUGGACCAAAAUUGCUGUAUAUGGAUAACAUCCCGGUGUGGGUGGCGCUCGUGGUCAGCCUGACGCUUGGCUUCACCGUGGGAAUAUUGGUGCGGUUGAUAAUUGUGCCGUGGCAAAGACGCAAGAUUAUCAACGGUUCGGAUGGAGCGAAUAAGACAGAGUUCAUGCUCGGCGAUUCGGAUGGUGAUUCGUCGUCCAACGGUAGUCCGCGUCGUGCGAAGCGACCACUUUCGUUGGUGGCGAGUGACGGAAAAUCUCUACCAGCCAUUACCGAGACGACCGAACUAGUGUCGCUGUCCUCACAGCAUCAACAACAGGCUCCACAAAAUGGUUUGGUAAAGAAGCUCUCCAAUGACCUUACAUCUGGCGGUGGUAUCGGUGGCCCGUACAGCUUCAAUCCGGAAAUUGUGAAGAAGGCUAACAGUUUGCUCGGUGCUCAGGACAAAACCAGCCUUGACAACACAGACCUUACCGUGACUAGCUUGAACUUCAUUGAUGAAUAUCAGUCCUAUCACGGCAAUGGGCGUUUCCAUCUCGGCACGUAUUUCGAUCGCCGAAACAGCACGAACGUUUCGCCGAAAUCGCCCGACUCUGGACAUCUCAGCAAUGGAGGAUUGAAAGAACAACCUACCGUGAUUGCGCUACAGAACGGAAAAUCGCCCACCAGCCCAAAGAGUGAUAGUACCCUUCCGAUAACCGACUAUACAUUAAUGCCACAGAAUGUGCUACUGAGCGGUACUGACCAGGACAUCAAAAAGACAGAUAUGUGCAAGAUUGAGGCAGUCGCUGGUUUGGAACAUCCACUCAUCAGUGCAACACUUUCACCCAACUCGAGCAAAGUACCAUUGAUUGGUGCAAAGGAAGGCUCCGAGGAAGACAACCGACGGCAAAAACCGGUGGAAGAGAGCGAAGAUGUAUCGAAGCUGUUUUCCUUCCUGCAGGUACUCACCGCUACGUUUGGUAGCUUUGCGCACGGUGGCAAUGAUGUCAGUAAUGCCAUUGGGCCAUUGAUCGCUCUAUUUAUGAUUUAUCGAGAAGGUUCGGUACUGCAGCAAUCUGAAACGCCUUUAUUAAUUCUGCUAUACGGAGGAUUGGGUAUUUCCGUUGGUCUGUGGCUGUGGGGUCGGCGUGUGAUCGAAACGAUCGGUAAUGAUCUCACAAAAAUUACUCCAUCGACUGGUUUUACCAUCGAAAUCGGUGCCGCCCUAACCGUGUUAAUCGCGUCCAAGAUCGGUCUGCCCAUUUCAACGACCCAUUGUAAGGUGGGUUCGGUCGUAUUUGUCGGUCAAGCGAACUCACGACCGAUGUCGGACGAAAGCAGUAAACAUUCGCAUCAUGCCGUAACUGCGCAGCAGAAAGCCGUCGAUUGGGGAUUGUUCCGAAACAUCGUGUACGCUUGGGUAGUUACUGUUCCGGUAGCGGCCCUGUUAAGUGCUGGUUUUAUGGUGGCCCUUCGCGCUAUCGUGUUACCUUAA